AUGUUGAAAAAUUGCAUAUUAAAUCUGAUAAAGUGUAAAUGUGCACAAAAGGAUAAACUUAGUUCCAUUUCCCAAUUUAUGACUUUUUUAUGUCUUAUAGAUUGUACUAUACUACCUAUAAUUACUAUAUUUGUGUCCGCUUUCAGUUUUAUGAAACAUUUUGAUUAUUACACCCAUAUGAUAUCCAAAUGCUGUGUAGCUCCACUAGGAGCGUUUGUUGCUAUUUUUAACUAUUGGAAUGGAGGAUCCUGGCGUAAAUCUGUUAUGGCAAUUAUAGGUUCUUCCAUAAUAUAUCAUUCCCACUCAAGCCAUUUCCACAACCAUGAAAACGAUGGGCACAAUGGUCAUUCCACUCUUUUAAUAUUAUAUUCACUAAUUGGAUGUGCCAUGUUAAUUACUGGUAACUGGAAGUCCAAUAAAUGCGGUUCUUCAUCUAUCCACUCCCAUUUACAUGAUCACGGUUGUUGCCAUAAUGAGCCUCAGAAUUAA